GCGUUGUUUUCGCGUGCCAAGAUGGCGGCGCUCAGUGCCGCUCCCGUGGAAGGCCAUGGCGGGGAGUGAAGCCUGAGGCAGCGGGGCCGGGUCGGGGCCGCGGGCGCGGACGGGGAUGAGGUGACGCCGCCAUGGCGAGCGACGGGGGCAGGAAGCAGUUCUGGAAGCGGAGCGGCGCGAAGGUGCCGGGCAGUAUUCAACAUGUGUAUGGAGCUCAGCAUCCACCUUUUGAUCCAUUAUUGCAUGGAACCUUGGUAAAACCAGGUUCAAAGCCUCCUACAACUCCAGUGAAACUGAAGAAAGUCAGCACCUUCCAAGAAUUUGAAAGUAACACAAGUGAUGCCUGGGAUCUUGGGGAUGACGAUGAUGAACUGUUAGCAAUAGCUGCUGAAAACUUAAAUACAGAAGUGGUCAUGGAAACAGCUCACAAAGUAAUUCAGAAUCACAGCAAGCUACAAGAACAGCAUAAAUUUCAGGAAGAACAUCUACAGGAAGAAAAACAAGAGGAAUUUGCACAGCUGACUUCAGUUGCAUGUGGUGAUAAUAGGCUUGUUAAAUCAGUCAGUGAAGGUCAUACAGCGAGUGCAUCAGAUAAUGCAAGUGAAAAUUCUUCCAUGCAGAGAUCACAGUCACUUCCACAAACGUCCACACCUCCCUUGGUGAGUGCAAUGGGAGACUACAACACCUCAGUUACUCCUGGAUUAACUGAAAGAGAAGCAUCCCGAUUAGACAAAUUUAAGCAGCUACUUGCUGGCCCCAAUACAGAUCUUGAUGAAUUGCGAAAAUUGAGUUGGUCUGGCAUUCCCAAACAGGUUCGUCCAAUUGCGUGGAAGCUUCUUUCAGGCUAUCUUCCUGCAAAUGUGGACCGAAGAGAAAGCACUUUACAAAGAAAACGCAAAGAGUAUUUUGCAUUUGUUGAACAAUACUAUGAUUCCAGAAAUGAUGAAAAUCACCAAGAUACCUACAGACAGAUCCAUAUAGAUAUCCCACGCAUGAGUCCUGAAGUUUUAAGACUUCAGCCCAAAGUAACAGAGAUCUUUGAAAGAAUUUUGUUUAUCUGGGCAAUACGCCAUCCAGCCAGUGGAUAUGUUCAGGGCAUAAAUGAUCUUGUUACUCCUUUUUUUGUGGUCUUCGUUUGUGAAUAUAUAGAAGAAGAAGAAGUGGAAAAUUUUGAUGUUUCCAUUCUGGCUGAAGAAGUGCUGCAGAACAUAGAAGCUGACAGUUACUGGUGCAUGAGCAAGUUGCUUGAUGGCAUUCAGGAUAACUACACAUUUGCACAGCCAGGAAUUCAGAAGAAAGUGAAAAUGUUGGAAGAACUUGUUAGUCGGAUUGAUGAACAAGUUCAUAGGCACUUGGAUCAGCAUGAGGUGAAAUACUUGCAAUUUGCUUUCCGUUGGAUGAAUAACUUGCUGAUGAGAGAAGUUCCUUUGCGGUGUACCAUCAGGUUAUGGGACACAUACCAAUCUGAACCAGAGGGUUUUUCUCACUUCCAUUUGUACGUCUGUGCUGCCUUCCUUGUCAGGUGGAGGAAAGAGAUCCUGGAAGAGAAAGAUUUUCAGGAGUUAUUGAUAUUUUUACAGAAUUUGCCCACAGGACGAUGGGGAAAUGAAGACAUCAGUGUACUCCUAGCAGAGGCCUACAGACUGAAGUUUGCUUUUGCAGAUGCCCCCAAUCAUUACAAGAAAUGACUAUAAAGAGAGAGAAAUCAUUAAAUCCAUCAUGUUCUGCAAUAUUAAGGCAUCUGUUGUUCUGGUUGUGCUUUCAGCUCAUUGCUCUUUUGUUUGAAGUAAGAUGACCAUUAAAAUUCUGUUAGAAUUUGCAGAAUGAGAACAGAAUACCAAAGAAAUGGACAAAGCAGGAUAUCAAGCACUGAAUGAACUUAAAAGUGAAUUUUUUUGCUCAGAAAAUAAGUUCAGAAGUCUUAUCACGUAUUUUUCUUCUUUUUUUCCCCUUCUCUAAAUAGGAGAAUUGCAGUCUGUGUAUCUAAUUUCUGUUUGGUUCGAGUAGAACAAAAGAACUUUUUGUGAUCAUAAAGACCAUAAGAGACAGCAAGGCCUGUGUUUUGAGGUCUACUAUAACUCAGAAGACAGUGAUAUUAGCACAUCAUCUUUUGGUUUUCAAUGGAAUUAGGUUAUAAUACUUCAAUAAUAUAAGAAUCUAGAAGCAUGCAAUGGAAAUUGGUGAAUAUUUCUCAGUCUUGAAGGAUGCUGUAGAAGCUUUUUAGCCAUACAAAGGAGUUACUUAAAGCUGAAGACUCAUCUAUUACAAUAAAAUAAAUCCCUCUCAAUAUGUUUUGGAGUGUUAUAAAAUACUGAAUUAAAUAGAAGGCAUGGUCUUGUCAAAGUAAUUAACGUUUUUCUUUCAAUACCUUUCAAUUUUUCAGCAUGAAAGUUCACUUUUAAGAAAUGUAUUAAGAAGCUUGGUUUACAAAGCAAGACGUAUUUUUAUCUCAGUUGUUGCCUUAUUCUCCAUUUCUAGCACGUUAGAAAAGGAAAAUUAUUAUAUCUUUCCAAAGCAUAUUUGUUAAAUAAUUUAAUACCUUUUUUCCCUGAAUAUUUGGAGGAAGUGAGAAGCUAGUUCCCAAUAACAUUAACUAUAUACUCAGAUCAUUAGCAGAACAAAAAUCCUCUAUGAGUUUAUAGAUUAAAAUUAAUGUUUCUUCAUAUAACCAUGGGAUACUGAAUAAUUUCUUAGAACUUACAUAAUUUAAGUGCACUAUUUUUUUUUUCAAGAAGUAUUUUAUGAUAAGAAUUCUGACUUUGCUCUGUUGGAUGUAAAUAACUCAUAUUAAUUUGUGCCUACCAUACACUUAUAGGUUAUUAAGGGUGAGAGGUGCAAUAAGCAAUAUACUAGAAGUUCAGACUUAUUAUUCAGUUUGGUUCUUGAGUUGCACAGCGUUGCACAAAAAUGUAGUGCACUUUUAAGUUUGGGAAAUAAAAAACCUUCAAGAGAUUUUGUCUUAUGACUUGUUAUUGGAAGAUUAUUUUCAACUUCUUAAAAAUAUGUAGAUACCUAUUUUGAAGAAAGCUUUCUAAAUGUGUUAGUUACAUUACUUGCUUUAGGGGCCUUAGUUCUUGACACUGACUUUAUAAUAAUUAGGUGUUUCAAGGUAAAUAAAGUAAAAUACAUUUUUACCAACAUGCGAUUAUGAGACCUAUAUUUUAAAAAUAUACAAAGGUUUUGGUAGAAGAGAAAAAAAUGAAUUAUUUCAGAAGCAGGCAUGCUUGGUCACUAGGAUGCAUUUCUUUUCUACUGGUGUCAGCUGGUGGUUUCAGUUGCAGUAGAUGCAAGGUCAGGCCUCCUGGAUGGCUGCAUUUGUACCUGGAGUGUGUAAUGGAUCUGUGCUUCUUGAGUGUCUGUAUACUGUUUUCUGUAACUUCAGUUCAUGGUCUAAUGUAUCAAAAUUUAUGUUUACAAAGAAUGUCAUAUUGUGCCUAACAGUAUCUACCAAUAACAGAAUAAAAGAAACAUGAAAUUUAUGACCAUUUGCUUUAAACUUAGUCUCUACAAUGAUUUGUUAAUAUAAAUGCCUAUUAUUGUAAUGAGAGAAGACACACAGCACUAAAUGUUGUAAGGGUUUUCUAUAAUUAACUUUUUUCUAUUAAGACAUUAUUUAGGUAGUUACUUGUAACAUGGAAGGUUGACCCAAAGUUGUCUGCUGUGUCAGAUGCUCCUGCAUAACGUUUUUGGGACUGGAUAUAUAAAAUUUCCUUCACUGGGUCCACGUAAGUUGUCUGCCAUGUCUUCCAAAUUCAACAGGUACCUCUUACUUCCCUUGGAAGAAAGUAUUACCAUUAGAGGUCACGUUUACUGUUGUGUCUGUGUCAGAAGUUGAAUAUUGUACUUGAGCACAUUGCUUUUUAAGGAUAGUGGGAAGUUUCCUAAUAUAAUAGCAAUGUUUAUUUAUGUAGAUAUAGUCUUUUCUGGAAAAUAAGAUAUAUAAAUAACAUUCAUAUAUCUACACAGAUGGAGUAGCUUUCAGUAAAUAGAAGGCCAACAUUUAUGUAAAAUCUCAAAUUUUUAUUAAAAACCCACGACUUACACUUAACAGUUUUACAUCUCAGGAAAAAUAUCAUUCCAAACAAAGUACUGCAUAGAAAAGGAAAAAACAUUAUCAUUAUUACAUCCAAGGUACUUCCUUUUUUCAAAAUUUAAGAUUCUGAAUAUAAUAAAAUUCCUUUGUAAUAUGUAUUUUCUUAUGAAGGAGGCAUCUUGACACAUCAUUAGUGAAACCAGGCAGUAAUCUCCUAGAACUCAUGUGAAAUAUUGAAAUUGCAGUGUCUAAAAUGCGUGUUAAAUAAUUUCUGUAAUAAAAAUUUAAACUAGAAUGUACAAUAUAAAAAAAAAUUAUGACUACAGAAUUUGAAAAAUGUAAAUAAUAAAUUAGUUAACUGUGUAAAUACAGUACAUGGAGUAGAAUAGAAAUGUAAGUUGAAAUCUUAUGUAACUCUGUAAUAUGUUUUAAGAAAUUAGUUGCAUUAUUUUUUGGUGCAGUUCCUUAUGGAAAGGCCUGUUAAUUUGUUUUUAACUUCAGAACUACAGAAUGGAAGUAUCUGAAGUUCCAUUGUAUGCUUCUGACAAAUAUUACCACUGAGGCACUGUUUAAAACUGUAAAGCUGAUGAAAGAUGAGGAAAUAAACGCAUAUUUAUGAAAUGCUA